UCCAGCCUGCAGAUAUCUCCGGACGCGCCUCAGCACGACAUAUUAUGUGCCAUGGCAUCUCCAUUGAGGAGUCUGGUUUAUGAUGAUAGCAGGUACCAGAAAUCCUUCCAGCUUUUUCUGGAGCGUUCCUCCGAACAUCAGUGUAUGCAGGACUUCAUCCACAAUAUCCUGCCAGACAUUUUGGCCAGCAUCGGAGAUGGAAAGUCCCACCUUAAUGUCAUUGGAGUUGGAAGCGGUGCUGGUGAGAUCGACCUAGAGAUGUUCUCUGAGCUCUGUCUGAAGCACCCAGGGGUGACAGUGGAUAACGAGGUGGUGGAGCCCAGCAGUCAGCAGCUACACAACUACAGAGUUUUGGUGUCAAAGAAACCAGGUUUAGAUCACAUCACAUUUAACUGGAACAAGAUGACCGCCUCUGAGUUCGAGGAGCAGUGGAAAGCAAACAAGAUAACGAAGAAGGCUGACUUCAUUCACAUGAUCCAGAUGCUGUACUAUGUGAAGGAUCCUGAAGCUACCAUCAGAUUCUUUCAAAGUCUCCUCGACAAGAACGGGAAGCUUCUUAUUAUUCUAGUGUCUGGCGAGAGUGGUUGGGGAAAGCUGUGGCGGAAAUACAGGAACCAGCUCUGUAACUCAGAAUUGAGUCAGUGUGUGACCACUGGAGACAUCAAAAGCUUCCUGGACUCCAAGGGAGUGAGCUACAAGAGCUACGAGCUGCCAUCUCAAAUGGAUAUCACCGAGUGUUUCACAGAGGGGGAUGAGAAGGGAGAGCUGCUGCUUGAUUUUCUCACUGAAGUGCUGGACUUCAAUAAGGUGGCCCCACCUGAGUUGAAAACUGGUGUGUUGGAGUUACUUCGGCACCCAGAUUGUAGUGUGCAGUCUGAAGGCAAAGUCAUCUUUAACAACAACCUUGGAGUGAUAGUCUUAGAUUCACUCAAUUAAAAGCAGGCUGUUAAUGUAAUGAAUGUACAAUGUGCAGUAGGUUUAAAUAAUGUUGCUGCUGAAAUAGUUUUAAAGCUAAUGUAAUUGACUGUAUUUAAUUAAAAUGCUUUUUGCCUAUGGAGUAAAUGCAUUACAUGAUUAGUUGGGAUUUUGUCAAUAUUAGUUUUGACCAUAUACAGUAUGAUUUCUACAAGUACAGUUACAUUGUUUUUAUGGCAGUAUUAUACAUUAGCUGUAUAUAAUCUUUUAUGCCUGUGCAAAGUCAAAAUGGCUCAAAUGUCAUUUUCUUUUCUAAACCCAUUUUUGUUUCAUUGCUGAUGAUUUAGUGAAAUUCUCCCUUAAAUGUGAAGAUCAGUUUUAAUCAGAUUCAGACGUCAGAUUCACAUUUUACCAUCGUAUAAUUUUUUAAUGGGCUACAGUUGGCAGGCUUUGCUACUAACCCCAUUACACUGCUGCUCUCAUUUGAUUAUAUUACUUUAGAAAUAUAAAAAUAAAUGGAAAAUUGAACAUUUAAUUUUCUUCCAUGGAGGUUGAGCUGUUAGAGUAUUUGGAUUUUAUAUCUUUGCUUUGCAGUGUUAUACAUUUGUACAUGUACAUUUGCAUCCAUGAGAGAACUUGACUUGACAAAUUAAAUAUGUGGGCAUGCUUA